UGAUAUUUAAAUUAAAUAAUAGCAAUAAUAAAAAAAGUUGGAGGCAAAGGAAGCGGGGACCGCGACCGAGGAUGGACGAGCAGCCGCGGCUGAUGCACUCCCACGGGGUAGGCAUGGCCGGACACCCCGGCCUGGCGCAGCAUAUGCAGGAUGGCACGGCGGGGACGGACGGGGACGGAAGGAAGCAGGACAUCGGAGACAUAUUACAGCAAAUCAUGACUAUCACAGACCAAAGCUUAGACGAAGCGCAGGCGAGGAAACAUGCACUGAACUGCCACAGAAUGAAACCUGCCCUCUUCAACGUCUUGUGUGAAAUAAAGGAGAAAACAGUGCUCAGUAUCCGAGGCGCCCAGGAGGAGGAGCCUCCAGAUCCACAGCUGAUGCGACUGGACAACAUGCUGCUGGCGGAGGGCGUGGCUGGCCCGGAGAAAGGUGGGGGGGCGGCAGCCGCUGCAGCUGCCGCGGCGGCCGCCGGAGGCGUCGGCGCCGACAACUCAGCAGAACACUCCGACUAUCGGGCCAAGCUGUCGCAGAUCCGAGGAAUUUACCACACAGAGCUGGAGAAGUACGAACAGGCGUGCAAUGAGUUCACCACCCAUGUGAUGAACCUGCUGAGGGAGCAGUCUCGAACACGACCCAUCUCGCCCAAAGAGAUCGAGCGCAUGGUCAGCAUCAUUCACCGCAAGUUCAGCUCCAUCCAGAUGCAGCUGAAGCAGAGCACCUGCGAGGCUGUCAUGAUCCUGCGCUCACGCUUCCUCGAUGCCAGACGAAAGAGGAGGAACUUCAACAAACAGGCGACAGAGGUCCUGAAUGAGUACUUCUACUCCCAUCUCAGUAACCCCUACCCCAGUGAGGAGGCCAAAGAGGAACUGGCCAAGAAAUGCAGCAUCACAGUGUCACAGGUGUCGAACUGGUUCGGGAACAAGAGAAUCCGAUACAAGAAAAACAUCGGCAAAUUCCAGGAAGAGGCCAACAUGUACGCAGCCCGGACCGCGGUCAGCGCCACCAGUGUGUCGGCCCAAGGCAGCCAGGCCAACUCGCCAUCAACUCCCAACUCAGCAGGUUCUGCUGGCUCUUUUAACAUGUCAAACUCCGGAGACUUGUUCAUGAGUGUGCAGUCCCUCAAUGGGGACUCGUACCAAGGGGGGCAGGUUGGGGCCAACAUACAAUCCCAGGUGGAUACCCUUCGCCAUGUUAUCAGCCAGACCGGCGGAUACAGUGACAGCCUCGCAGCCAGCCAGAUGUACAGUCCACAGGGCAUCAACACAAAUGGCGGCUGGCAAGAUGCUCCGACUCCUUCGUCAGUGACAUCGCCCACAGAAGGACCCGGGAGCGUUCAUUCGGAUACUUCCAACUGAAUAUAUCCAUCUCCACAACUCAUCCACAAGAAAGAACCAACAAACAUGGACUGACCUUGCUAUUCACAGUGUUAAACAAAGGAAUUCACAUCUCAAUGUUUGGAGAGUUGCUGUGAAAACCUAACAAAAAAACAAACAAAUAAUAUUUCCUCUGCUUAGAACGUUGGACAUUUGGGAUACAAACAAAAAGUUUCACAAUAAAAAGGAAAACAAUGCCGCAGACAACGGAGACAUUUGUACAGAUUUCACAUUAUAUUCAGAGGGCUGGGGUUACGUCUUCACUCGUAAUGUUUUCAUUAUGAUGAAAUGAUAUGAUUAAGUAAUGAAAAUCAAAUCAUUGAUUUUAACUGAAAAUACUUCAUUCUACCUCUCAGCCACUUAAAAAAAAAAAAAGGAGAAAAAAUUGUCAGUGACCAUUAUUUGUUUUGUAAAAUGAAACUUUUGUCUUUGCAAGCAAGGGGCACAUCUUCUUACUUACAUUUUGUUGUCUCUCACCUAUUCUAUGGUACGCCAUUUAGACUUAAAUAUUGCUCAGUUGUUUACAAUGUGUGCUUGAUAAAAAAAGUAUGUUCAUCUUCCCCUCUGUCUCCGACGAGUCAAAGCAGACAUCUUACCUCUAAGGUAACCCUGUGAAGUAUGUUAUCUGUAAAACAAUAAAGAAAUACUUGUCAUCAA